CCGCCGAGCGGUUUGUUUUGCGGGCGGCGGCGGCGGCGGGGCCGGCCCGCACGGACCGGGGGCAGCGGCGCGCACCGGCAGCGCCUGCGCCCUCCCGCCCCCGCCCGCCGCUCCCGGAGCGCGGCCGCCGGGAGGAGGCGGCGGCGCGGGGCCUGGGAAUGUGGCGGCGGCGGCGGCGGCUCUGAGCCCUCCCCCUCGGCCCGGCCGCCAUGGAGCCGCGGCGGUGACAGCGCCGUCCCGCAGCGCCCGCCGUGAGCGGGGCCGCCGCCCGCAGACAUGGAUGAACAAGAGGCCUUGAAGUCCAUCAUGAAGGACCUGGUGGCACUGCAGAUGGGCAGGCGUCACCGGCUGCCUGGCUAUGACACCAUGAAGAAUAAAGACACUGCUCACUCCAACAGACAGAAAAAACACAAUGCCAGCAGUCCCCCCAUCUUGGGCAGCCCUGCAAUAAUGAACCAGUGUGCCUCUGCAGUGGAAGAAAAAAAAAUUCCGAAUGAUGUCAGGAUAAAGUUUGAACAUAAUGGGGAGAGACGGAUUAUCCCGUUUGUCCGUCCCGUGCGCUACGAAGACGUGCAGCAGAAAGUGAAAACAGCCUUUGGGCAGCCCCUGGACCUCCACUACAUGAACAACGAGCUCUCUAUUCCUUUGAAAAACCAAGAUGACCUGGAUAAAGCUGUGGAUCUCUUAGACCGGAGCUCGAAUGUGAAAAGCCUGAGGAUACUUUUGCUGUCCCAGGACAGAAACCAUACCAGUUCUUCACCCCACUCUGGACUGCCCAAGCAAGUCAGGAUUAAAACUUCCCAAUCUGUAGGGGAUGUGAGCACACCCUACCAGCAGCCAGAACCCAGAAGCAGGCAUCUUUCUGUCAGCUCCCAGAACACGGGCCGCAGCUCUCCCCCGCCCGGCUACGUCCCCGAGCGGCAGCAGCGCAUCGCCCGCCAGGGCUCCUACACCAGCAUCCACAGCGAGGGCGAGUUCAUCCCCGAGACCAGCGAGCAGUGCAUGCUGGACCCUCUAAGCAGUGCUGAAAACUCGGUGUCAGGAAGCUGCCAGUCCUUGGACAGUCCUUCUUUCCGGAAGUCACGGAUGUCAAGGGCACAGAGCUUUCCUGACAAUAGACAGGAGUUCUCAGACCGUGAGAAUCAGAUCUACGACAAGGCAGGCAAAGGUGGCACCUACCCUCGGCGCUACAACGUCUCCAUGCAGCACAAGGACUACAACGACGGCCGGAGGACGUUUCCCCGCAUCCGACGUCACCAAGGGAAUCUCUUCACCCUGGUGCCCUCCAGCCGUUCCUUGAGCACCAACGGGGAGAACCUGGGCCUGGCCCUGCAGUACCUGGACCCGCGGGGCCGCCUGCGCAGCGCCGACAGCGAGAACGCGCUGGGCGUGCAGGAGAGGAACAUUGCCACCAAGUCUCCCAGUGCUCCCCUGAACUGGCGCCGGGGGAAGCUGCUGGGCCAGGGCGCCUUCGGCCGCGUCUAUUUGUGCUACGACGUGGACACGGGCAGAGAGCUGGCAGCUAAGCAGGUCCAGUUUGAUCCAGAGAGCCCUGAAACAAGCAAGGAGGUGAGUGCUCUGGAGUGUGAAAUUCAGCUGCUGAAGAAUCUCCAGCAUGACCGGAUUGUGCAGUAUUAUGGCUGCUUAAGGGACCGAGCAGAGAAGACCUUGACCAUCUUCAUGGAGUACAUGCCAGGGGGGUCAGUGAAGGACCAGCUGAAGGCGUACGGGGCCCUGACGGAGAACGUCACCCGCAAAUACACGCGGCAGAUCCUCGAGGGCGUCUCCUACCUGCACAGCAACAUGAUCGUGCACAGGGACAUCAAGGGUGCCAAUAUUCUCCGUGACUCUGCUGGGAACGUGAAGCUUGGGGACUUUGGGGCCAGCAAGAGGCUGCAGACAAUCUGCAUGUCGGGGACAGGCAUCCGCUCCGUCACGGGCACCCCGUACUGGAUGAGCCCCGAGGUGAUCAGCGGCGAAGGCUACGGCAGGAAGGCAGACGUGUGGAGCCUCGGCUGCACCGUGGUGGAAAUGCUGACAGAGAAGCCCCCCUGGGCAGAGUACGAAGCCAUGGCAGCGAUCUUCAAAAUCGCCACCCAGCCCACCAACCCCCAGCUGCCCUCGCACAUAUCAGAACAUUGCCGGGACUUCCUAAAGCAGAUCUUUGUGGAAGCCAGGCACAGACCCUCUGCUGAAGAGCUGCUCAGACACCAGUUUGCACAGCUCCAGUACUGAAUUACCUCCCUUGCUCGCAGCUCCUGCCGGGCUUUCCGUGCCCUGUCUCGUCUAGUUGCAACUGCCCGUUGUGGUGCUGCGUCUUCAAAAUGCCAACUCAGCUAGGCCUAGUCCUUUGGGAAGUUCUGCCAAGGAACUUGGGGUCUGCUCUCGUGCCUGAUUCCUCCGUUUGCUGGACUGAUGUUCGUCCUGCUGACAGCUGUCCAAGCAGAGCUGCAUUUUUGCCCCAGGUGACCUGGGUGUGACGUUGCAGCCGGCUGCGUGCUCUCCGCAGGCGCAGGAAGGGGAAUCCGACAGGUGUGGUCACUGAGAGAGCACAGGAGAAAUCUGAACCCGAGUGGGAGCUGGAAGAGCUCCACUCUUCAGCAAAACAGAGACAUGCACCAGCCUCCAGAGCAGCUCUGCCUCUGGGAGUCCCUGGUUUUCCCCUCCUGGAGCUCCAGAGGUGUCUCCAGUACCUGAAUCCAGCAAAAAGCCAUGUGUCAUGGAGCGUGCACUCACUAUAGUGUGGUAUAUUUUUCUUCUUGAGUAUUCAGCAUCUGAAGGUGUUCAGAAGAUAAUUGCUUCAAAAUUAUGUGAAUAGUGUUACUUUAUAAUGAACCCAUGGAUUUGGGGCUGGGGCUGAGGGAGGUCUUUCCAGCUAAAUGUCAGGAUAAUCAGACAAGUUUCAGCAGAAUGCAGUCACUCCAGGGCCUGAGGGAAGGGCUCUCCCAUUAGCAUUGGAAAAUCUGGAGCUAGGUUUGGUCUGUCCCAGCAUUUGUUUGGUGUCACACCAAACAAAUCUGUGCUCCUGCUUCCUCUCUCUGGGGCUGCUGGGUCCAAACAAAACCCCUUGGGAAGGGAAUUCAGUGGAAUUCAGCUUCCUCCUGCAUCUGUCUCUUUGGCUGGUAACUUUUUACCAUCCUUUUAACCAAAGAUAGUCCA